UGUGUCCGCACCAUGUUGUAUGUGUUCAGCAGAAGCCUGAACAGGCUGAGGGUCUGCGGUGCAAGGGCUGAAGCUACGGUCGCAAUGGCAGACGCUCUGGCCAAAAUCCCCGAAGUAGAGAUUGAUCCAGAGGGAACCUUUAAGUACAUACUGGUCAGAGUGACAGUGAAAGAUGGCGGUGUGCACAAAGACAUAGUCCGAGGCACAAAAAGUGCAGAGUAUCACAAUCACAUCUUUGAGAAGGUCAACCCAGCCAUGGAGGCCUUGGGGAUGGAGUGUAAGUGUCUUGGAGGAGGGAAGAUAGAGCACAACAGUGCAGAGAAAAAACUCAGGGUGUUUGGAGAAUCCACUGCCUUUGGCAAAGCAGACCAUUCUGUGUCUGCAGACAAGUUGAAGAGUGCCUUCGGUGACUAUGAGAUCACCUGGUCUGAUGACAAAAAGUAGACAGUGAACCAGCAUGUGUAAUGUCCACCUAUACAAAAUGUGUACUUCAACUGAUCUGAUCCAUCUGUACAACCUGUGAUCAUUUCAAAUACACCAUUCUGCGUUUGGCAACUUAUGUUUGAAUCUAUGAAAAUGCAAAAAGUAGCUUCUAGAACUCUUAGUAGUUCAAAAGAGAUUCAGAAGGAGCGGGGAGAUUCCCCGCACAUUAGAACUCAUUUUUACUUUUACUUGGCAUUGGAGUCACUUCACUGGAAUUAGGCGCCUUCUGCCAAGCGUAAAGUCCAUACAGGAAGGGUUGAGUCAGUUUGAAUCAGUAGUAUAUCCUGUGAGGAAAGUUUAGAGUGAAAAUAUUCAUAAACAGAUAAGAGGGUGCUUUCACUUAUCAUCACGACAGACUCUCAUUUGUGUGUAAUGCUAGAAUGAUCUCAGACUCACACUAAAUCACUAAAUUACACAUUAACCCUGCUAUUAUUAUUAUGAAAAAUAUAUCACAUCUAAAUCUGACACCAAAAUCGCUAAAAUAAAUUUACAGGGGGAUGAAAGGGUUCAAGGAUUUCUAUAUAUAAACAAUUAUACAUAUUUUUGAAAAGACAAUUUUUUUCCUCUUUUUUCCAUCUCUACAUGCACCAUUCAAGAUUUUCCUCCUGUUUGAUAAAAGAUUUUUAGCAUCAUUGAAAGUAACACUGAGAGAGGUUUAUCUGGGGUGAUUUUAUGCACUUAUUUGUCUUUUUUGCACCAGUUUAUGGUGGAAAUGUUUAAAGGAAAAUCCAAAAUUCAGGAAAGUGACAGUUGAAAAUGUAAUGGAAUAAAUUACACCAAGCUUC